CUUGUAUGCCAAUUCAUAUUGUUUCAAAUAAUGCACUUAGGCAUUUUUUAAAUGAAUUGGAUCCUGCUUUUUUAAUUCCGUGUGAAGAAACUGUCAAGAAUAUUAUUUAUUCAGCAUAUAAUUAUUCAUUUCUACAAUUAAAACCCCAAAUUAUUGCAGAAGCUAUUUCAGUAUCUUUGACUAUGGAUCUCUGGACAGCUAGAAAUCAUCAAGGAUAUCUUGGUAUCACAUGUUCUUAUGUAGAUCAAUUUUUUCGAUUAAAAGAAUUUAUGCUGGAUAUAGUUUAUAUUAAAUAUCCUCACAUAGCUAAAAAUAUUUCAAAUACAGUUGAAGAAAUUUUAAAAGAUUGA